AUGGACUUUGUACAGCAGCUCUUGGCGUGCACAGCGCUCUGUGCGCCGAGCAAGGAUGUCAAGCUCAACGGACGAACGUUCAAAAUCGUCAGACUCCUCGGCGAAGGCGGUUUCGCCUUUGUCUAUUUGGCAGAGGACACGAGCUCGGGCCGACAAUUUGCGCUCAAGAAGAUCCGAUGUCAGAGCUCAGAGGGCUACAGGAUCGCUAUGAAGGAAGUGGAAGCAUACAAGCGCUUUCGACAUCCUUACUGCAUCCGCUGCCUCGACUCUUGCGUCAUUCAGGACGAAGAGGGCCAAGUCAUCUACCUCUUCCUGCCAUUCUACAAGCGCGGCAACCUGCAAGACGCCAUCAAUGACCAUGUCACGUCAGGCAGUCGCUUUGGCGAGCGCGAGAUGCUCAGGCUAUUUCUCAAGACAUGCGAAGCCGUAAGAGCGAUGCACACCUACGUCCCAGGCUCUUCAGGCACGGCGCAGCUCGCGCAGGACGAAUCAACUUAUCCGCCACCUCAACAGCGAGUCAGCCGGAUGCGAGUGCCGUCUGCCCAUUCUCUGGAAGAGACCCUAGAUGGCGGAGAAGACGACGAGCAAGAUGCGCCCCUGAUCAGGACGUCAGAGAUGUCUGGUGGCAUACUCGAGUCCAACAAUGCGCCAGAGGCAAGCACGAGCGCAGUCGCUCAACUCAGCGAUCAGGGCGACACCCUGGGCUCCUUGGAUCCCAAGCCAGCGCCAAAUCUCAAUUCUACUGGUGCAAAGCAGCGGGGUAAGAUGACGCCUUGGGCUCACCGAGACAUUAAACCGGCAAAUAUCAUGGUCACCGAUGAUGGUCAAGAUGCAAUCUUGAUGGAUUUUGGCAGCGCUGCUCCUGCACGAGUAGAAGUUCCCAGCCGUUCCGUCGCGCUCACGCAACAAGAUUUGGCGGCAGAGCAAUGUUCCAUGCCUUUUCGGGCGCCCGAGCUCUUCGAUGUCAAGACCGGGCAAGAUCUUGACCAAAAAGUUGACAUAUGGUCGCUCGGCUGCACGCUCUUUGCACUAGCGUUCCAUCAUUCACCUUUCGAGACAGAGCAAGAGCAACAAGGCGGUAGUAUCGCCAUGGCAGUACUGAAUGGGCAGUACAAAUUUCCUUCUGGGUCGGGCGACAAGUAUUCUCAGCCUCUCAAGGAUCUUAUCUCUUCGAUGCUUAUCGUCGAUCCUGAGAGCAGGCCGGACAUCCAUCAAGUCAUCACAUCCACGAAAGCAGCGCUGGCUAGGAAUGAACAGGUUUCAUGA